AUGUUUUCAUUUUCCCUGAUCUCAUUAAUUUCCACAUUCAUUGACUUUUUGAACAAACCAAAAUGUCAUAUUGCUAAUGGAGCUUAUGUCAUUUUUUCGAUGAAUGAUUUGAAAUUGCGAUCUGAUCAUGCACAUUGGCUGAAUGGUAAGUUCUAGGAUAUACUAUUAAGAAAUCAAUAGAUUUACAGCGUUGAAUUGCUCAUGUUUCGCGGUGACAAUAUCAUUAUUAGCUGUGCAUUUUGUGUAUCGCUAUAUUUCCGUGUGCAAGUAAAUACAUUUCAAAUGAUUCAUGUUGAAAUGUUGAUUUUCCUUUUUUCCAGAUCUCACAAGCGCUCGCUCUUUUCCUUCCCAUACUCUCUAAUCUGGCUAAUUUUCUGCUCAACCAUCACAGUAGUUUGGUACACGGCAACUCAACUCUAUUCAUCAAGAACCCCAGAACUAGACCAGCUUAUAAAUUCCUCACUUUUCCAAAAUUAUGAGAUCUUCCCGAGGGAUAUAAUCUAUCACGGAAGUUACUAUUAUGUAAGUUCUCACCAAAAUUGAAUAUCAACAAAAUCUAUUCAAAAACUAUUCAGAACCUGCUGGAUUCAAAGCUAAAUGUUCAUAAUACCUUGAUGACAUUUGGUGUGAACUUGAUCACGUUAUUUUGCCCAAUGAUUAUUCUAGUUUGUGGAUCGAUAACCUAUCGAGAACUGAUAAUUAGAAAAAAUAUUUCAAGAAAAUUCGAAGAUUUACAACGUCAAUUAUUUCAAGCCUUGGUUAUUCAAACAAUCAUCCCAUUAUUUACCAUGUUCCUCCCAGGAUUUCUUAUAUUAAUCCUCCCAAUUUUCAGAUUAACUUUAGGAUCUUCAGAGUUCCUCUUAAUGUUGUUCAUAACAACUUAUCCAUUGAUAGAUCCUCUGAUUGUUUUGUACAUUAUCAAAGACUAUCGUCAGAUUAUUAAAAGACUUUUGAAAUGUAACAAGAACAAUCAAGUUAUGCAAAAUUCUUCAAUCAUCGUCUCUAAUAAUUUGUAA